AACAAACAGGGAACUUUCAGUGUCCACAAUUUCAAGGCUCUCUCCCUCCCAUUCUUUCCAUAUAAAAAAAUCUCGGCGCUUCUUUACUCUCUCUCUCUCUCUCUAUCUCGUCUCUCUAGGGUUUUUGGUCAAAAUUCAUCACUUUAAAAUGGAAGAAUCAUUGAAGCCGAUGGAUGCAGAGCAACUGAGAGAGAACGCCCACAAGAUGGUGGAUUUCAUCGCUGAUUACUACAAGAGCUUAGAAUCUUAUCCUGUUCUCAGCCAAGUUCAGCCUGGUUAUUUAAGGGAACUGCUUCCUGAUUCAGCUCCUGAUCGUCCUGAAAGUCUCCAAGAUGUCCUUGAUGAUAUCCGUCAAAAGAUAAUACCGGGUAUAACGCAUUGGCAAAGUCCCAAUUAUUAUGCAUAUUAUCCCUCCAACAGUAGCACAGCUGGUUUCCUUGGUGAAAUGCUCAGUGCUGCAUUUAACAUUGUGGGUUUCAGUUGGGUGAGCUGUCCUGCUGCAACAGAGUUAGAAGUGAUUGUUCUGGAUUGGCUUGCUAAAAUGCUGAAGCUACCAGAUCAAUUCCUUUCAUCUGGACAGGGAGGUGGAGUAAUUCAAGGAACAGCUAGUGAAUCAGUCCUUGUUGUUCUAUUGGCUGCUCGCGAUAAAAUAUUGAGGAAAUCUGGAAAAAGAUCCCUUGAAAAACUUGUGGUUUAUGCUUCAGAUCAAACUCAUUCUUGCAUGCAAAAGGCAUGCCAGAUUGCAGGAAUUUAUACCGAAAAUUUAAGAUUGCUUAAAGCAGACCAGAACUCAAAUUAUGCUCUCACUCCUGAUGCAGUCUCUGAAGCUAUUUCUAGCGACUUGUCAGAGGGCUUGAUACCCUUCUUUCUUUGUGCUACAAUUGGAACUACAUCUUCUGCGGCUGUUGAUCCCUUAUCUGCGUUAGGGAAGAUUUCCAAGGCCAAUGACAUGUGGUUUCAUGUUGAUGCUGCAUAUGCUGGAAGUGCCUGUAUUUGUCCAGAAUACAAUCACCAUCUAGAUGGUGUUGAAGAAGCAGAUUCAUUUGGCAUGAAUGCGCACAAAUGGUUUCUUACUAAUUUUGAUUGUUCCGCGCUAUGGGUAAAGGAUAGAAGUGCUCUGAUUCAAUCCCUAUCCACAAAUCCUGAGUUUCUGAGAAAUAAGGCCUCACAAGAACACACUGUAGUGGAUUUCAAGGACUGGCAAGUUCCUCUUGGACGCCGUUUCAGAUCGUUAAAGCUCUGGAUGGUUUUGAGGCUUUAUGGUUUGGAAAACCUGCAACAUUACAUCAGGAAUCACAUAAAGCUGGCUGAAGAGUUUGAACAACUAGUAAAUUCUGAUUCCCGCUUUGAGGUUGUCACCCCACGAACUUUUUCGCUUGUUUGCUUCCGUCUUCUUCCUCAACCAGAUCAUCAAGACGAUGGCUAUAAACUGAACUACGACUUGCUGGAUGCUGUCAACUCCAGUGGAAAAAUCUUUCUAUCACAUACAGUUUUAUCUGGCAAGUUUGUCCUCAGAUUCGCAGUUGGAGCACCACUGACAGAAGAAACACAUAUUAAGGCAGCUUGGGAGGUUUUGCAGGAUCAGGCAACCAUUAUUUUAGCGGAAAUCUAAGUAUGUUGGCAGUAAACCCAUCCGCUCACUGUUAUAUCGCUGAUUUGGGCAUUUCCAUUAAUCACCAUUUGAUGGAGAACCAACAAUCUGUGUAAAAAUUCAUAUACUGCACCAAUGUAUAAGACAGAAAUCACCCAUUGAUCUGAAACACUCUAUUGAUUGGUUUCCAUAAUAAAAGGAUCUUAAAUGUAAUAUUCACUACUUGUUUUCGGUUCUUCCAGAUUUCUCUGAUAACUGUGAAUUCUAGUUUGAAUGGAUAUAUUUUGCUGGAGA